ACAGUGUAUUCGAGGACUCUCAUAUUUGUCUGCAGAAAUCAGAUUAUUGAGUUUUGCGUUUAGCUUCUGGACAGCGGUGAUGUUGGGCGCUUUAAGGAGAAAAGUUACGACCGGAGGUUCAUCAGCUUCGGUAUUAGGGAAGUCCUUGCAGGUGAUUCGGCAGAGCGUUUCAGCAUCUAGAGUGUCUUCAAAUGUUGGAAAAGAGAUUAUGUUUCUUCAACCGAGGGGAAUUGUCCAUGUCCGCAACUUCUCUCAUCUUGUUCUACUAGGCUCUUCUGCUGGCUUGACAAAGACAAGGGAUGUCAUCUCUAGCAUUCAGUCGGAGACUAUCAUGCAAAAGUGCAAGGCUUCUCUUCUGGCGAUGCAAUUUAUCUGGAUUAGACCAUUGGCAACUAAGUACUAUCAAGCUCAUUUAGCAGUUAGCAAUAGGGCCGGCUUACCAAGAGAUGGUUUCCUUUCUUGUAAAGUAGAGCUUGCUAUGAAGGUUGUGCCAAUCUUAAAGCAGCAUUUCUUGUCACAGGAACAGUGCGGAAAAUGGCCUUGA